GCAAGAAUUUGCGUUUUCCAGCAGAAAGAAAGGCGGAGUGAGAGGGAGGGACAUUGGUCUCUCGAUACCACCGAUCCAAUUCCUUGCAUAUACGUAUUCGCGCGUACACAUGUAUAUGGUGCUUCUCUCUAUUUUCGGCUGAUUUAACAUUGAAAAUUAGGGUUUUAGGCUUUACUUUCUUGGAUCCAAUAUUUCAACUGGGAUAUAUCAGUUGAGGAUAAUGUCCUCUAUUUUUGUUUGACUUCAAUCAUCGAGUGUUCUGUUACUUUCAAUUUCAAUCUUAGCUUUGUCCUUCACCACCUUCCCAUCCCCCCAUUUCUACCGUCAUAAUUGUUUUCUUCUCGCCCUUAAUCUAUUUUUUUUUCCACUGCAAUUGGAAUUAGAGAAAUUAUAUCAUCAGAUAGAAACUGCAAUUAGGGCGAUCAAACCAUCAGAAAGGAAAAGAUAAAAGUUGCGUUCAAACAGAGAUGGCACUGCAAGAAAGAUUAGAUAGAUUCAAGAAGCAACAAGAGAAGUGCCAAUCGACCCUCACCAGCAUUGCAGCUAAAGCAGGGCCUUCUAAAUCUGCUUCAUUUCAAAAAACUACACCUGUAGCUGCAUCGCCAUUAACAAAUCCUAGGACUCCAGGUCCACCUGUCAAAUUUUCAAAUGACACGGAGAGACUACAACACAUCAACAGUAUUCGUAAAGGCCCUGUUGGAGCUCAGAUCAAGCGUGUUAUAGACCUGCUGCUAGAGAAAAGGCUAGCUUUUACACCUGAGCAAAUAAAUGAAGCAUGUUUUGUUGAUGUGAACUCCAAUAAAGCUGUCUUCGACAGUUUGAGGAACAACCCAAAAGUCUACUAUGAUGGGAAGCGCUUCUCAUACAAGUCCAAGCAUGACUUGAAGGACAAGAGUCAGCUAAUUGUUUUGAUACGAAAAUUUCCUGAGGGCAUUGCUGUCAUUGAUCUCAAGGAUGCAUACCCAACUGUCAUGGAGGAUUUGCAGGCUCUGAAAGCUGCUGGUCAGAUAUGGUUGCUAUCAAACUUUGAUUCACAGGAGGACAUUGCAUAUCCAAAUGACCCCAGGGCAGUUAUUAAGGUGGAUGAUGACCUUAAACAGCUCUUUCGGGAGAUUGAAUUGCCUCGUGAUAUGCUUGAUAUUGAGAAGGAUUUACAGAAGAAUGGCAUGAAACCUGCCACAAACACUGCAAAGAGGAGGGCCGCAGCCCAGGUGCAGGGCAUUUCCACUAAGCCAAAGAUCAAGAAGAAGAAACAUGAGAUCAGCAAGAGGACUAAGCUAACAAAUGCACAUCUUCCAGAGCUUUUUCGGAACCUUGGUUCUUAGAACUUUUGAUGUAUAUUGAGUUGUUUAGCUUACCAUAUGCAGAUGAUCAUUAUGGGCUGAGGAAUGCAAUAUUCUUUGGCUUCCAGCAAUAGAAUUUGUCGAGGUCAUAAUGAUGUGUUCUUGCUCAAUCAGCUUUCUACAUUUGUUUAUGAUAUUUGUAUCAGUGAUUUUGGCAGUCAUAAUUUAAAUAGCCAAAUUUUAUCUAA